AACAUACGCGGAUGAGUCAAGCACUUUUUGUGUUACAUUUUGUUUUCUUUUUGGCACCCGUCCACAUCGAGUGCUUUAUUUCGGAUAAACUCCACUUUCCAGAUACAGAGCAAGAACACUUCAUCAAAGCUCAAUCAGAUUUCACAGUGGUCCAUCCUGAAAAGGUAGAAAGGAGUGGACAGUUCAUGUCUUAUUCUCUGUCUCACCACUUCUCAAGUGAACGUCACAAGAGAGACCUGGGAGCAUCACAGGCUCGGGUUUACUACAAUCUUCAUUACAAGGGUCGGGAUCUGUUUUUUAACUUGACCACCAACAAGCACCUGGUAGCAAAUGACUACAUACUGGAGAGACGCCAUGGUGAUCAAAACCACACAAAGGAGUCUGUAUCCAAAGAUAACGCCUGUCACCUAAUUGGUACAGUGACCUACUCUGAACAUGUGGGAAAAGCUGCAAUCAGCACCUGUGAGGGACUGAGAGGGUUCUUUUCCCUGCCUGAAGGGCUCUUUUUGAUCGAGCCAGUGAAAGGUCACCCUGUGAGUAGCGAAGACCCCCAAGAGGCUCAUGUGGUCUACCGGAGUCCGUUGAGCUGGCCGGUGGGCCGACAUCGGCGGAGUGUCAAGGAGUCGCAGGAGGGGCAGGGCGCCUGUGGAGUCAAAGAUGGCCCUGACUACUCUCUCAGGGUGGAGGAGGAGAGGGAAGCCUGGGAGCAGGAGCAGUGGGGUCAGUUGACCGGUCAGCCUGCCCCUCGUGGGAUCUCCCGCCGCUCCGUCAGCAAGGAGCGAUGGGUGGAGACCCUGGUGGUGGCCGACUCCAAGCUCAUGGACUACCACGGAAGCAGCAACGUGGAGUCCUACAUCUUCACCAUCAUGAACAUGGUUGCUGGGAUUUUUCACGAUGCCAGUAUCGGGAACGCCAUCCACAUCAUCUUGGUCCGCCUCAUUCUUUUGCAUGGCGAAGAGAAAGAGCUGAAAAUCGUUCACCAUGCCGACACGACGCUCAACAGUUUCUGCACCUGGCAGAAGAACGUGAACCCCAUGAGUGACACGCACCCCGCUCAUCACGACGUGGCAGUUCUCGUUACGAGGAAGGACAUCUGUGCAGGGUCAAAUCAACCUUGUGAGACUCUGGGCUUGUCCCACCUUUCCGGCAUGUGCCAGCCCCAUCGCAGCUGCAACAUCAACGAGGACUCUGGUCUGCCUGUCGCGUUCACCAUCGCUCACGAAAUAGGACACAGCUUCGGGAUCCACCAUGACGGUCAGGGGAAUGACUGUGAGUUGUCGGGGAGACACCCUUUCAUCAUGUCUCGACAGCUGAUGUACGAUAGCUCCCCCCUCACCUGGUCGCCCUGCAGCAAGGACUACAUCACCCGCUUCUUGGACCGUGGCUGGGGCUUCUGUCUGGACGACCGCCCGUCCAAGAAGGACCUGACCACGCCACUGGCCGCCCCGGGGGUGAAGUACACCACACACCACCAGUGCCAGCUUCAGCAUGGCGGCAAUGCCACCUUUUGCCAAGAAGUAGAUAAUGUGUGUCAGAUUUUGUGGUGUUCUGUGAAUGGGACGUGCCGGUCCAAACUGGACUCGCCAAUAGACGGUACCAGAUGCGGCCCAGACAAGUGGUGCAUUACAGGUGAGUGCGUCGUGGUGGGGAAACUUCCGGAAACAGUGAAUGGGGCCUGGGGUCCGUGGAGCACCUGGUCUCACUGCACGCGCACCUGUGGAGCUGGGGUGCAGGCGGCCGAGCGGGAGUGCAACCAGCCUAAGCCCGAGUUCGGGGGGAAGUACUGCACGGGCGAGCGGAAGCGAUACAGGAUCUGCAACAUCAAGCCGUGCGCCAAGAAACACCCGAGCUUCCGCGAGAUGCAGUGCAGCGAGUUCAACACAGUCCCGUACCAGAACGAGCUCUACGAGUGGAUCCCUGUCACCAGAGCAGUGAGCCCGUGUGAGCUGCACUGUCAGCCGGUGGACGAAGACUUCGCUGAGAAGAUGCUGGACGCCGUGAGCGACGGGACACCCUGCUUCACGAACAGCAGCAGGAGCCUAUGUAUCAAUGGUGUGUGCAAGGCCGUUGGAUGUGAUUAUGGCAUCGACUCCAACGCAGAGGAGGAUCGCUGCGGGGUCUGUCUGGGGGAUGGCUCCACCUGCCAGACGGUCCGCCAGAACUUUGAUCAGCCAGAAGGCUACGGUUAUGUGGAUAUGGCCCUCAUCCCUCAGGGCGCCCGAGACAUUUUCAUCCGGGAGACGUCGGACAUAGGGAAUUUCCUGGCCAUUAGGAAACCUAACUCGGAUGACUAUUAUUUAAAUGGGAAUUUCGUCAUCCAGUGGAAUGGGGAGUACAAUGCGGGGGGAGCCAAGUUUUUUUACGACAGGAUAGGGAACUUGGAGAAUCUGACAUCACCGGGACCUACCUUGGAGCCAAUCAUGAUCCAGCUGCUUUUCCAAGAGCAUAAUCCUGGGAUCUCCUACGAGUACACCAUCAAGAGGUCCCGAACGAAUGGGAAUGAUGUCCUGGACCCAGAAUACAUGUGGAGGCAUGGGGCCUGGACUGCCUGUAGCACCUCCUGUGGGAUAGGUGAACAACUGCAGCCUGUGCGAUGUUUCGAACUGGACAGUGGCGUGGUGGACGAAGCUCUGUGCGAUCCCGACUCCCGCCCGGAAAACCGACAUCGAAAGUGUAAAGUCAUGGACUGCCCUGCAAGGUGGUGGGUGGGGGGCUGGCAGCUGUGCACGGCCACGUGCGGCCCCACGGGCCUGAAGAAGCGCACGGUGCUGUGCGUGCGCACGGUGGCCGGGGAGGAGCGCGUGCUGCACCACGCCGACUGCAGGUACAUGCUGAAGCCCAAGCCCGUGGUGCCCUGCAACAGAGACGUGCCCUGCACCUCCGACUGGUUCGUGGGCAACUGGAACGAGUGUCCCGUGACCUGUGGAGGUGCAGUGCGCUCCAGGGAGGUCACGUGCGUGGCUGAACCCAGAGACCGCUGCAACAUCACCACCAAGCCCCGCACCAAGUCCCUCUGCGGCCUCCUCAGCUGCCCCAAUGGCCAGAAGCGCGUCGGGCCCAUAUACCGGCGGGUCAUCCCCAAGCGAGGCCCGACGCCGGCGCCCGCCGUUUCCUCGGCGGCACCGAAGACCACCCCGACCGCGUUGCCGACGCCGAGCGAACCGGCUGGCACGCCGCAGGUCCCCGACGACAUCCUGCACGCAGAUGACAACGACUUGAUCGUGGUGGGGAACGCCAGCCCGACUCCAGACGCCGCGCAUGCUGGCAGGAAGACCAAAGGCUCCGGCGCGGCCGGGGAGGAAGUGGAAGGGGAGGAGGAGGAGGAGGAGGAGGAGGAGCGGGAGGAAGGAAGCGGAGCUGGACCGCUGCCAGGCGCUGGAUCCAAUUACACGCCCGGGUACGACUACAUCGUGGACGAUUCCGACUCCAGGAGCGAGGCGGCGGUGGACGACGUGGUCACCGCUACGACACCGGCCCCCCGGAGGACUACGACACAACCGCGCACCACCAGGCCGCAGUUUACGACCAAAGCGCCCCUUCGCACCACCACGCCGCGCGGGGUCUACUGGACGACACGCACCACCACCCCCUCCAAAGCCAAAACCACGCCGUACGUCAAGCCUGUCAAGAAGUGGACGCCAAAGCCGAAAACCACGCCACUGCCCAAAACCACACCACGGACGAAAACCGUGCCACUGCCCAAAACCACACCACUGACGAAAACCACAGCACUGCCCAAAACCGCUCCCAAACCUCAGUCAAAGUCAAAGUCGGCGGACGUUCCCCGAACCACGGGGGCCCCGGCACACACUGUGAGGGUGCUGAAGUACCAGAAGACCUCAGUGGCCCAGAAGACUACGCCGAAGGGCCCCCAGACCAAGAAGCCCAAACCCAGGCAGGGAAGCCCCGUCAGCACCAACACCAGGGACCCCGUCAGCAUGGAGGCCUUCUGGGUGGUGGGGAACUGGAGUGAGUGCUCCACCACGUGUGGCCUGGGGGCGGAGUGGAGGACGGUGGGCUGCAGCUCCCCUCAGGAGGUGGACUGUGCCAGCAUCAAGAAGCCGGAGCCGGCACGCAGGUGCAACCUCAGGCCCUGCACAGGCUGGAAGGCAGGCAACUGGAGCAAGUGCCCUGUGGGCUGCAGCGAGGCUGUGCGCCAUCGGGACGUGCAGUGCAUCGACACGCAGAGCAAACGCCCACUCAGGCCAUUCCACUGCCAGGCCGUCACCCAUAAGCCACCCAGCUCCCUGCCCUGCAGCACACUGCCCUGCCUGCAGUGGAAGAGCUCCCCUUGGGGGAAGUGCUCCAAGAGCUGUGGCCGGGGUGUGAGGGAGCGGCUGGUGUACUGUCCGGAGUUCCAGCGCUGUGACGCCACCCAGAGGCCAAACUUCACGGAGCCGUGCAGCCAGCAGCCCUGCACACACUGGGCCACUGAGAACUGGGCCGAGUGCUCACGGAGUUGCGGUGGAGGGCUACGCAGCCGCGGCGUCAGAUGUGUGAACGAUGAAUCAGGAGAGGAGGAGAAGGCCAGCCUGUGCAGCAGAAGCAGCCGGCCCGACAGCUCCCAGGAAUGCAACCCUCAGGAAUGUAAAACGAAGACGGGUCCACCGUGCCGGAAGAACAGCAUGUCCAGCAAGUUCUGUGCCAAGCUGAAGCUGCUGGGGCGCUGCAAUCUCCUGUCCAUUCAGAGGCAGUGCUGUGUCACCUGCAUGGCUUGACCUGUGACACGUGACACCGCCAGCUACUGGCCAUCACUGACGCUCUUAAGAUGGACUCCUACUGUAUCCAGAUCAGGAGUCAGUGGACAACACCUGGGGCCCGGUUCACCUCCACCUCUCUUUACUGAAGCACACUUGCUGUCAUAGUCCAUGGAACAUCUCAGCCCUUUUUUUUUGUACUUGAAUGACAGUGUGUAUGGUGCUAUUGUUUUGGUCUAGUGGGUGCUCUUAUCGACAUUCCUUAACACUUUUUCAGUAUAACUACCAAAUGCAGCCAUGUUCAGUGCACACCAGGUGCAUCUAUGUCCUCUACACAAUUUUUUUGUUCAGAGUGCACUCGUAUAGUCCCAUAGUUGUUGUUGUUGUUGUCAGUCAGUCUCUUCAUACAAUCACAACAAGAUGAUCUGAGAACAAAAUGAGGAUAAUAAUUAUCUCACUUUUUUUCUCUCUCCGGACAGAGGACCAUUAUGUGUUUUUGUGGUUUGUAAUAAAAAUUGUACAGUUCUAUGAGCAUCAGUACGUCCUGAUCAUUGGAAUUUACAAAGUUGUUCACAUAUGCUCCCGACCACUAACUGCCCUUUAAAAAACGAUGAUCUUGGGUUAGAAGCAUCUCUGUGUUAUCGGGUUGUCACUUAAAACAUGGCCCCCGGCCCCUCAGUGCACUUUAUGCUUUCUGUGGCUAGUUUGCAAUGUCUCUUCAUGCACACGUUUAGUAAUUGUAAUUGUUUUCUCCUUUUUUUCAACAGACUUGAAAAACUACUUUUUUAAAUAUUAUUCUCAAAGAUGUUAAUCGUUUAGAAUAUGAGGUUAUUAGCAAUUAUUUCAGCUAAGAACAAAUAUUCAGGGCAUAUAUCUUUAUUAAUAUAACUACAAAAGUCACAUUUGUCAUUCGAAAAUAAAAGUGUAAGAACAGUAUGAUUGGAAAGAUGGUUAGAUGAAAUGAUCCUCAUUAUGCCCCUUUACUUAGGAGAUACGUAUUUUAGGUAGGUUACUGAUGUUUAAUUGGCAGUCUAUUUGACCUCCCUGUCUCGUGUCUGGCCUGAAAUGAUUGAUUGUAGAUCCUUCCUUAAUCAAAUCCAGUCCCUUACACUGAAUGCGGUCGUAAGUAGAGAUGGAAUCCUAUAAUGCACAAUCUAAAGAGCCUUCUGGACACUUGUCAAAUACAUUUAUUUCAACUUAGAAAAUACUAUAUUCUAAGAACUGAGAGGUGCUAAGGAAUUGUGGUACUAUAAAGAUGAUAUGGCGAAUUUAAGGGUCAACCUUAGUUGGUAUACAUACUGUAUCUUAAUGAAGUGCAAUGCCUCUUACGUGUCCUUUGGCUCCUCAAAGGCCUGUUAGUCGUUCACAGUGUAGCCGCUGGUCGCAUUGCCAUCUCAUUCCAGACAUGAGUGUCUCCUGACGUGUGUUUCUCUGUCUCUGAGAGCCCAGUGCUGCUGCUAUGACUCGAGCUGCACAGACAGACACACAGGAGGAGAGGCAUUAAGUGUUGCAGGUCAUCACUCUGUGGUCUUGAGUUGAGGCCAAAAUAUUAUAAUUUGUUUCUAUGUUUUUUUUUUUUUUUUUUAACUGAAAAUGCUUCACAGAUUAUAAGUGCUGCUGAUGCAGUAUGUCAUGUCCAUUGAUGAAUCAAUAAAUGCA